AUGCCUCCAUCCACUACAGCACCUCCUCAAGCACCACCAACACCUGCACACCAUCACCAACAACAACAACAACAACAGCAACCGCCCAUUGUGCAGAAAUUGGCUGCUGUGAAUGAACAAGCAUGGUUAACAUUAGGUAACCUUGCGGAACUGAUGUCUGACUGGGAACGUGCCAUGGCCUCCUACGAAUAUGCAUUGCGACAUAAUCCAUACUCAAUCAACGCAUUGUCACAUAUCGCUUCAUUGUGCCGUGGCAGAGAACAAUUCGGCAAGGCUGUCGACUACUUUAAACGUAUCCUCGCUAUACAAGAGAACAAUGGCGAGACAUGGAGUGCAUUGGGACAUUGCUAUCUUAUGAUGGAUAAUCUACAAGAGGCGUAUCAUGCUUAUCAACAAGCUUUAUAUCAUUUGCCGAAUCCAAAGGACCCGAAACUUUGGUAUGGGAUUGGCAUUUUGUACGACCGAUAUGGCUCAAUUGAGCAUGCCGAGGAGGCAUUUUCGGCGGUUAUGAAGAUGGACCCUGGGUUUGAAAAGGCCAAUGAGAUCUACUUUCGGCUUGGCAUCAUUUACAAACAGCAGCAAAAGUAUGAUCUGAGUUUGCAGUGCUUCCGCUACAUCCUGCACAACCCUCCUCAGCCAUUGACCGAAGUCGACAUUUGGUUCCAGACUGGACAUGUUUAUGAGCAGCAAAAGGAAUACGACCUUGCCAAGGAAGCUUAUGAACGUGUAUUGGCUGAAAAUCCUGAUCAUGCCAAGGUGCUGCAACAACUUGGUUGGCUUUAUCAUCAACAAAACACCUCAUUUUCCAAUCAAACCCAAGCUGUCAACUAUCUUACUCGAUCUCUAAAGACUGAUAGCAACGAUGCUCAAUCAUGGUACUUGCUUGGACGAUGCUAUAUGGCAGAGCAAAAUUACAAUAAGGCCUAUGAAGCCUAUCAACAAGCCGUCUACCGUGAUGCAAGGAAUCCUACCUUUUGGUGCUCAAUUGGUGUACUCUAUUAUCAGAUCAACCAAUACAGGGAUGCAUUGGAUGCUUAUAGCCGUGCCAUUCGAUUGAAUCCUUACAUCAGCGAGGUGUGGUAUGACCUUGGUACGCUCUACGAAUCAUGCAACAACCAGAUUCAGGAUGCUCUCGAUGCCUAUCAACGAGCGAGUGAACUUGAUCCAAACAACCCACACAUUCGACAACGCCUUGAGCUCUUGCGUAAAACACAUGGUAUCCCAAGCUCUGGCACAAAUGGCAAUACACCUGCAGUGGCAACAACACCAGUACCACAAGAUGUGAAUAACCCUUAUCAAUAUUCGCAAAAUGGGAUGCCACCACACAACCCAGCUACCAAUACUGCUGGACCUUAUCCAUCAGAAACACUACCACCUUCUGGUCCACCUCCUCCUCCUCAUUCACUGAUGGGAAGUGCUCAAGCUCAGCCUCCAAGUACAAGUGGUAUGGUUCGUCCACCAUUCACCCCACCAACAUCAUCGGCACAUCAUCAUCGUGGUAAUGGUUCAGCUCCACCUCCACCUCCACCAAUGGGACAUCCACCUCAUGGCAACAAUGGCAAUGAGAAUGCAUGGUCACGAGAUCUCCCAAUGCCAAGUCGACGAUCGCCUAUGCAACAACAUCGACAUGGAUCACCACCACCAUCAGCUCCUAAUCCACUGAUUUCACCUCUACGUGAUUCUGUUCCCGGUAAAUCAGCAGCUGAUCGUUCACCAUUGCCAUCACCAAGACCACCUCAAACAACACAACCACAUCAUCAACAACAACCCAUGUUGCCACCUGUUGCAGCUGUUCCACCAUCACCUACUUCUACUGCAGGUAGUCAUCUUCAACAACCACAACAACCAGCAUCCUCAUCACCACGUACUACUAUGCACCCUCCUCCUCCACCACCACCAGCACCAUCAUCAUCCUCUCGUUCAGCUUAUUAUGACCAUCGACCACCAUCAGCUGCUGCCGCUGCUACUACUGAUGAAAGUGCUGCAGGAACAUUGAUUAGUUUGGCUGCUCAAAAACGACCCUCCUAUGAUGAACAACAACAACACCCCAUUGAUAAACGUCCACGUAUUCAAUCACCCCCUUCUCAUCACCCAUCAUUACCACCACCACCAUCAUCAUCAUCGGGUAAUCACCAUGCCACCAUGCCUGCUGCUACAACACGUAUGAUGAUGGAUUACGAAUCAUCAUCAGCUUCACCUAGUGAACCAAGAUCGCCUCCUUUUGGACGACAACACCAUCAUGAUGCCUAUCAACAACAACAUCAUCCAUCACAACAACAACCACCGCAGCCGCAUCAUCAUCAUCACCAUCAACAAAGCACUGCAAGUACGAGUACAAGUGCAAGUAGCCAUAGUAGCAGCAACAGCAGUAUUCCACCACCCCCUCCACCUGGUCAAUCACCCACAUCAGCACGUCCCUAUUCACCUGUCAAACCACAUGCACAACAACAACAGCAACAUCAUCCUCAUCAUCAUCAUGCUGUGGAGACAAAGGCACCCAGUUAA